GGGCAGUAGUUAAAGGUACCAGCGGAUGAUGAGAACUGGUUUUCAGUUGAGUGCCUUGGAGUGGCAAGUGCAUUACUGGAGCAUUGGCUGUGGUUGGCCAGUGCUGCAGACUUGCACAGAAGUUUGUCCGGAGUCUUUAGAGUUUCCAUACACCAGGUCAUUAGAUGCUGUCUCCUGCUGUCUCGGGAAAGAAGAAGUAUAAGCUGUAACCAUGACUACUGAAGUUGGCUCUGCGUCUGAAGUGAAGAAGGGCUCUGACCAGGCAGGAGCAGAUGCACCUAAGGAGAAAGCUAAAGAAGUCACAGAAAAUGAGCAGAAUCAGUUAUCUGAGCCAGAGGAGGAAAAAGGUUCCCAGCCAGGCCCUGCAGUUGAAAGCCAAAGUAGUCUCCGCCGGCGGAAAAGAGAGAAGGAGCCGUCUGAGAGCAGGGGCAUUUCUCGAUUCAUACCCCCAUGGCUUAAGAAGCAGAAGUCUUAUAACUUAGUAGCAGCCAAAGAUGGAGGAGAUAAAAAAGAGCCCACUCAGGCUGAUGCAGAAGAACAGACCUUGGAUAAAGAGGACGCCCUUCCUGAAGAAGAGAGUCGGGCCAAGGGCGAUGCAGAAGAAAUGGCCCAGAGGAAGCCCCUCGAGGUUAAGGUGGAGGUCAAGGAAGAAAAGCCUUCCCUGAAAAGCAGUGCUGAGACCCAGCCUGCUGAAGAAGUGAGGAAGGACAGAGAAGAGGAGAAGAUCAAGGAGACGCAGGAAGACAAACUGGAAGGAGAGGCAGCAAAGAGGGAGACCAAGGAAGUGCAGACCAGUGAGCUGAAAGCAGAGCUGGCCUCCCAGAAAACUGCCAAGAAGACCAAGACUGUCCUGGCCAAAGUGACCCUCCUGGAUGGCACCGAGUACAGCUGUGACCUUGAGAAACGCGCUAAGGGACAAGUGUUAUUUGACAGAGUGUGUGAGCACCUCAAUCUCCUGGAGAAGGACUACUUUGGACUUCUGUUUCAGGAAAAUGCUGAGCAGAAAAACUGGCUAGAUCCAGCAAAAGAAAUAAAGAGACAGCUGAGAAACCUUCCCUGGCUGUUCACUUUUAAUGUGAAAUUUUAUCCUCCGGAUCCUUCUCAAUUGACUGAAGAUAUCACCAGAUAUUUCCUGUGCCUUCAGCUGCGGCAGGACAUUGCCUCUGGCCGCCUGCCCUGUUCCUUUGUGACUCAUGCCCUUUUGGGAUCCUACACACUGCAGGCUGAACAUGGAGACUAUGACCCAGAAGAGUAUGACAGCAUGGAUCUUAGUGACUUCCAGUUCGCCCCAUCCCAGACCAGGGAGCUGGAAGAAAAGGUGGCAGAGCUGCAUAAGACUCACAGAGGCUUAUCUCCAGCACAAGCUGAUUCUCAGUUCUUAGAAAAUGCAAAGAGGCUUUCCAUGUACGGUGUUGACCUGCAUCAUGCCAAGGACUCUGAGGGUGUGGACAUCAAGCUGGGUGUGUGUGCUAAUGGCCUUCUCAUUUACAAAGACAGACUGAGAAUUAAUCGUUUUGCUUGGCCGAAGAUCCUGAAAAUUUCCUAUAAGCGCAGUAAUUUCUACAUUAAGGUUAGACCAGCAGAGCUGGAGCAGUUUGAGAGCACCAUUGGAUUCAAAUUGCCAAACCACCGGGCAGCUAAAAGGCUAUGGAAAGUAUGUGUGGAGCAUCACACUUUCUACAGGCUUGUGUCUCCAGAGCAGCCACCAAAGGCCAAGUUCUUGACCUUGGGGUCCAAAUUCCGCUACAGUGGACGUACCCAGGCACAGACCCGCCAAGCAAGCACCCUCAUAGAUAGGCCAGCACCACACUUUGAGCGUGCCUCUAGUAAACGUGUCUCAAGGAGCCUAGAUGGAGCUCUGAUUGAUGUUGUGGACCAAAGUCUUCUGAAGGAUUUUCCUGGCCCUCCGGGAGAGGGUUCAGCACUUGGCCCUGGAGCUGCCAGCUACACCACCAUUCAGGAUGGGGAUAGCCGGAGGGAUGUCAGAAGCCCCACAAAAGCCACACCCCUGCUCGCUGAAGGAAAGAAAAAUACCUUGAGAGUAGAAGGGGAUAAUAUUUAUGUCAGACAUAGCAAUUUAAUGUUGGAGGACCUGGAUAAGGCCCAGGAGGACAUACUGAAACACCAGGCUAGCAUUAGUGAGCUCAAGCGCAAUUUUAUGGAGUCCACACCUGAGCCGCGCCCCAAUGAAUGGGAAAAACGACGUCUCACACCUCUGUCCCUACAGACCCAAGGGAGGAAAGGAGACCGUCUUUUCAAGGAUAUUCUGUCCAUGAAGGAGAAGUACCUGAUGGCGGCUACACGGACAGCUGAAGAGGAAGCUCAGGCGGACAAGAGCCUAGAAGAGGAGAUCACAUCAAUUUUGUUUAGUGGAAAGGGCUUUUCUCCUAGUGUGAAAGCCUCCUUCCCUUCAGCCACCACUUGGACAGCAGAGGGCGCUGUGGUGAACUCUAAUGCACCUAGAGAAAAGCUUGCUUCUGCGCCCUUCUCACACUUGCCGGAGACUCGCGCUCCUGUAUCGGAAGGGCCUUGCACUGGAGCCAGGGACGCUGUUAAGAGUUCACAUGAGACUCUGAAUGUAGUGGAGGAGAAGAAGCGGGCAGAGGUUGGGAAAGACGAAAGAGUAAUCACAGAAGAAAUGAAUGGUAAAGAGCUAUCAGCUGGGAGUGGUCCUGGGGAGAUUCGUAAGGUGGAGCCCGUGACACAAAAAGACUCCACCUCCCUGUCUUCUGAGAGCAGCAGCAGCAGUGAGAGUGAGGAGGAAGACGUGGGAGAGUACCAGCCCCACCACCGAGUGACCGAGGGCACCAUAAGGGAAGAGCAGGAGGAGAAUGAUGAAGAGCUGGAGCAGGAGGCCGGCCAAGCAGCCAAGGUAGUAGAGAGGGAGGCAGCAGUGCCCGAAGCCAUCCCAGACAGGCACGCAGAGGCCAGGCUCCUCCCAGUAGACACAGAGGCCCAGGAACAUGUAGGUGCCCAAAAGCUACCCGGAGAGAAGAGUGCACACGGAGGCACUGUUAAGCAAGACAUGAGAGAAGAAACAGAGGAAGAGCAACACAGAGUUAACGGAGAGGUGCCCCAUGUUGACAUUGAUGUUUUACCAGAGAUUAUUUGUUGUUCAGAGCCACCAGUGGUAAAAACAGAGAUGGUAACAAUUUCUGAUGCCUCACAAAGGACAGAAAUCUCCACCAAGGAAGUCCCCAUUGUUCAAACUGAGACCAAAACCAUCACAUAUGAGUCUCCACAGAUUGAUGGCGGGGCUGGUGGUGAUUCGGGCACGUUACUGACCGCACAAACCAUCACAUCUGAGUCCGUGUCAACAACGACAACCACACACAUCACCAAGACUGUAAAGGGUGGAAUAUCUGAAACAAGAAUCGAGAAACGUAUUGUGAUCACAGGAGAUGCCGCUCUUGAUCACGAUCAGGCGCUGGCUCAGGCGAUUAGGGAAGCCAGAGAGCAGCACCCUGAUAUGUCGGUCACAAGGGUGGUGGUGCACAAAGAAACAGAGUUGGAGGAGGAAGGAGAAGAAUAAGAAAGUCAUUUUUUAAGCAACAUUCAACUUCAUGAACCGGAAGAACUUUGAUCAUUCCAAGUGUUAACGCCACACCACUACUCCAGCAAAUUUGUGCUACAACUGGUAACAAUGACCAGAAGCCUGCAGAAUUAAAAUGCCAACACCAAACCUUACCUUAACAGCUCUGGUCCAUACUAUUCCCAUGCAUUUCUAAUACGUUCUUUGUUUUAUAACCACUUCUAAAUACUCUUGCUUCCUCUUUUCUUUCUUUCUUUCCCUCUGUCUUUUUUUUUUUAAUUCUUUGUUUUUUUUUGUUAAGCGUUUUAUAUUUGUUUCCCUUUCCUACUGCUUUGUAUGACUCAUUUGCUCAAAUGACAGUGAACAAAGCCAGCCCAGGCUGGUAAGGUGCUGUUCACUUGAACAGGUGCUGUUAUGUGGAAAGGAAACUCUGUGACUAAUUUAGAUAGUAAUUUUCAUUCUUCAGGAUUGUUUCCAUUGAAUUCUUACAGUCCAUAUUUACAGUUUUGAGAUUGCAGUAAAUACAUUGCAUGAGAACAUAUUAAUACCAAUUAAAAGCAUUUCUUACAUCUUGAAAAUUUUCUAAUAUUUGGGACUUUCACUCCGAAUGAUUUUUAUACUGAGCCCUUUGACUUUCCAGUCCUGUGACUUUGUACUUUAGUGGAGUCAGAGACUCUGGACUGGAGAAUUCCGAAGCUCACUGACCAAGCACUGUGUUCAGAGACCGUCACCCACAGUGCAGUACUUCUCAGACCUAUGCUUUGCCACAGCAUUCCAGAACAGGAGGAGAACCACAGAAGGUGCCCUUCCCUCUUCCUACUAAAAGAAAUCAGGCAGCUUAAAGCCUUAGUGCUUUCCUUCUUAACCUUUCCAGUUUCGAUACUUCCCAUUAUCUGAACACUUGAGUAGAGCACUUGCUAUGUAUUAAACUUCUUUGUCUACAUGUAAAACUGACCCUUUGUUACUGAGCAGGUAUAUCUCUUUAAGAUAGUUGGAUGACUCGCAGGGUUGAGGAAGCUGCGGAGAAGAGGGUAGGGGACAGUGGUGGGAUUGUGUUGGUUAUAUGAAAGCUAUACCAUUUAAAGCUGACACCAGAGACCUGAGAGGGACUUAUUAACUGUCUUGAACAUGUUUUUCAUUUGCUUUUGACUCUGUAUAGUUAUGAUGCAAGAUUAGAUUUAUAGCAGCUUCAAGUUGUAUUAAAUGGUAUUUUGCUUUAUGUAAUACUGUUAUAAAAUAAAAGUUUGUUUAUUCUA